AUGUCAUUCCCUACUCCUAAGCGAAAGCGCCAUAUGCCACAACCAAAUUUGAAUCAAGAUAUUAUCACAGAAAUCCUUAAAAGGCUGUCUGUGAAGUCUCUGCUGCAAUUUAGGUGUAUUUCAAAAGCUUGGCGUGAUUUAAUCUCAUCUCCAGAAUUUGUCAAAUUCCACCUACAUUUUCAAUCGAAAAAAGAUAAUAAGGUCAUGACUUAUAGCAGCGCAAAUUGGAUUAAUAGCUAUAUGUCCUUGUUUUCUAUUACAGAGAACAAGCAAUCAUCAUUUCGCAAGUUUAUUACAUAUGACCGCUUGGUCUUAAUCCCUGAAGGUGGUUUUGAAUUGUUGGGUUCUUGCAAUGGGCUCCUUUGCUUUCGUGCUAAACCGUAUAGAAUAAUCAUUUGGAACCCAUCAUCAAAUGGAAACAUCAAGACAAUCCCAGAUGUCUGGCAGUUGGGCUACGUGAGCAUUUUUGGAUUUGGGUAUGAUGAGUGUAAUGAUGACUAUAAGGUUGUUUAUGCUUAUUAUGAUGGCAAUGGUGAUGAGACUGUAGUCUUGGUUUACAGUUUUAAGCAUGGGUCAUGGAAAAGAAGUGAAAGAGGAUUUACUAGUGGGUUUGUUCAUCCAAGAAUUGCUGUGUUUGUGAGUGGUAGUCUCAACUCGUGCAACAACAACUUACAUGAAAGUGACUGGAAUUGGGAUAUAAUUUCUUUUAACUUAACCACUGAAACUGCCAAACCUAUGGCCUUACCGAGCCAUGAACAUGCGGCCGCUAUUUGUAUAAGUGAAUCAAGAGGAUUGCUUUUUGCAGGUUUUCAUCACAAACGUCAAAUGGAAGUUUGGGUGAUGAAUGAGUAUGGAGUUGAAGAAUCUUGGACUAAACUAGUCUGCAUUUCAAACUUACCAGUUCAUCAUCCAGUUUCCCGGGGUUUCGAGAACACUACAUACAUGGCUAUAUGUAAUUCGAAACUUGCAAUUGCACAUGUUUCUGAAAAUGGGGAUAUUCUAAUGAUGGUUGGACAUCAGCUAAAGCUCCAUAGGCCUAAUGCUAAAGGGGGAAAGAAUUUUAAUAUCCCCUUUGGUCUUGGUUAUAUGGUAACUAGUUACGUGGAGACCCUUGUUUCCCCGGCCAUGAUUGGUUUUCAUUAUAAACGUCAAAUGGAAGUUUGGGUAAUGAAUGAGUAUGGAGUUAAAGAAUUUUGGACUAAACUAGUCUGCAUUUCAAACUUACCAGUUCACGAUCCUCUUCCCCGGAGUUUAGAGAAUAUUGCAUACAUGGCUUUGUGUAAUGCUAAACUCUCAAUUACACAUGUUUCUAAAAAUGGUGAUAUUCUCAUGAUGGUUGGGCACCAGCUGAAGCUCCAUAGAUGGGCUAAAGAGCUUGGAGAACCACACUUUCAGCUAUCUGAAGGAGAUCGAAGAUCCAUAUUUCAACUGUCCGACUUAGUGAUUCACCCAUCGUUCCACCAGAGUUAA